AUGCCGGCGGCCGUGGCGGCGGGGCCCGGGCUGCCGGGCGGGGACGCGGCCCGGGCGGGCGGCGGGGCGGGCGGGCGGCCGCGGGGCUUCCAGCACCACAAGCGCGUGGGCCCCUACCUGCUGGGCAGCCGCAAGCUGGGCGAGGGCUCCUUCGCCAAGGUGCGCGAGGGCCUGCACGUGCCGACCGGCGAGAAGGUGGCCAUCAAGGUCAUCGACAAGAAGAGGGCCCAGAAGGACACGUACGUCACCAAGAACCUGCGGCGCGAGGGCCAGAUCCAGCAGAUGAUCCGUCAUCCCAACAUCACGCAGCUGCUGGACAUCCUGGAGACAGGAAGCAGCUACUACCUGGUCAUGGAGCUGUGCCCCGGCGGCAGCCUCCUGCACCGCAUCCACGAGAAGAAGCGGCUGGAGGAGGCUGAGGCGCGCCGCUACAUCCGGCAGCUGGUCUCCGCCGUGGAGCACCUGCACCGGGCCGGCGUUGUGCACCGAGACCUGAAGAUCGAGAACUUGCUGCUGGACGAGGACAAUAACAUCAAGCUGAUCGACUUCGGCCUGAGCAACUGUGCGGGGAUCCUGGGCCACUCGGACCCGUUCAGCACGCAGUGCGGCAGCCCCGCCUACGCCGCGCCCGAGCUGCUGGCCCGGAAGAAGUACGGCCCCAAGAUCGACGUCUGGUCCAUAGGCGUGAACAUGUACGCCAUGCUGACCGGGACCCUGCCCUUCACCGUGGAGCCGUUCAGCCUGCGGGCUCUGUACCAGAAGAUGGUGGACAAGGAGAUGAACCCGCUGCCCACGCAGCUGUCCACAGGAGCCGUCAGCUUCCUGCGCUCCCUGCUGGAGCCGGACCCCGUGAAGAGGCCCAGCAUCCAGCAGGCGCUGGCCAACCGCUGGCUGCACGAGAGCCACACGGGCCGGGUGCCCUGGGUCACCUACCCCAACAGGAUCUCGCUGGCUGACCUGAGCCCCAGCGUGGUGCUGCACAUGACCCAGCGGCUGGGCUACAAGAACAGCGACGUCGUCAACACGGUCCUGGCCAACCGCGCCUGCCACGUCCUGGCCGUGUACGUGCUCCUCUGCAAGAAGCUGGAGCGCCGCCUGUCCGGGAAACCCGACGUGCAGGACAGCAUCGGCUCCAAGGCCCCGCUCUGCCCCGGGGACCGGAGCUGGCCCGGCCGGGAGCCCUGCGAGGCCUCCCUGGACACGUGGCCACGGGACCCGGAGCUCCGCGCGGUGCAGGACAGGAAGCCCAAGGAGCAGGAGAAGAGGGGGGGCCUCCCCCGGCCGGGCCCCCGGCCGCCGCCCGCCUCGCCCGCCGCGCAGCUGCCGAGCGCGCGCACCCGCCAGCCUGCCCGGCCCGGCCCGCCCGACCGAGAUUCCUUCAGCUGCCGCAGCCUCUUCCGCAAAGCCUCGGACCCCAGCCGCCUGGCCUCCUCCACGGAGUUCAUCCCCGGCCCCCCGCCCCGGACCCCCCGGGGUGCCAGGAAGCCGGAGCCCCCGCCACAGGGCCCCGGGGGCGGCCGCCUCGCCCCCCGGGAGAACCCGCCGGACCCGCUGCCCCCCGCCCCCCGCGGGGAGCGGGCGCUGUCCCCCGCCCUGCCGCCCGGGAGCCCGCCCCCCCUGCAGACUCCCCUGCACCCCACGCUGGCCUCCUUCGCGCACGAAGAGAACGGUCCCCCGAGAGAGGGGGGCCUGGGUCCCGGGGCGGGCGCCCCCCAGCCCCUGGGGAGCCCCGGCUGUGGGAAGAGCCGCGGCCGCUUCCCCAUGAUGGGCAUCGGGCAGAUGCUGCGGAAGCGGCACCAGAGCCAGCAGCCGCCCGCAGACCAGCCGCCCGAGGCCAGCCUGCCCGCCCUGCCGCCCGCGGCCCCCGCCAGCCUGCCCUUCGACACGGCCCAGCCCGUCCAGGGCCAGUGCUGA